CUCGCCUCUCGGGUUAAUUCCAAAUCGAUCCGCCUCCGCCGUCGCUUUCGCCAAUGGCCGACUCCGACUCGGCCACUGCCCUAUCUCCGCCGACCGCUCCUCUCGCUCCGGUUUACUUCUACUUCUUACUUCCCCUGGCUUCAACCCCCUAUCUUCUCCGUAUAUUUCCUUUAUUACAUUGUUUUUCAUUUCCGAUUCUUGUUUUUUGCCGUUUCGAGCCGGCUCCAGAGGAAGGAGAAUCUCACGCCGGUCGGUUCCAAGAUCGCGGUGAGAGACAGUUUCCUCGUUUCCUUACCCUUUGAAUUUCGAAUUCACCUAACUAGUUACCAGGGAGGGUUUUGAUUUACAAUUUAGUUAUCCUCCUCAUAGGAAAUAGUGUGAGUAUAUACUCACAGGGCCGGAUGGCCACCCACGUCGCCGAGCCGAGAUCAGACGGUGGAGGAAGGUUGGCGUCAACUUGUGAGCAUGGUAAAGGAAACCGUACCGGACAUCAUACCGGAUUCCUUUAUGGUAGGGUAUUUUGUGGUACAACUGUGGUUCAACCGUUUCAUACCGGUAAAUACCGUUUUUGUAAUAAUAAAUUUUUUUUGUCAAAAAACCGUGCCGCCAUAAUCAGAGUAUCGUCUCGGAGUAAUACCGGAUAUAUCGAAAUAUACCGGAUAAUAAAUGAAUAAAUACAAGUAGUUAGCAAAUUAAUAUAUCGGAAUAUACCCGAUGACAAACAAAAUAUUACCUUUUUUCCGUUGAAUCAAUCCCACACUAUUAUUCACGAAAAGUGUCCAUCAAUAUAUUGGAUUCUCAUUUCCUAUACAAUAGAAUAUAUUAAAUAUCUUCCUUUUCUUUAAUAUUAUAUCUCCUUUCUUAAUUAAUAAAUAGAAGAACUAUUUUUUUGUUUAUUUUUAAACGUGAAUCAAAAAUGAAAAAGAAAUUAUUUUUUAUCACUCGGCUAUCACAGUAUCACUCCGCGUGGCUGUUUACUAUGAGGACAAAAAAUAAGAAAAAUAUAAUUCAUCAAUUCCUCGUUACCUUUCCCCAUUUCUCCAGAAACCCCCUUUCUCUCCUCUGUUCUUUCUCUCUCAACUAUCAAAUUGAAAAUCAAAUUCAAAGAAGGAAAAGGAGAAGCCCAGAAGUUAGAGCUAGGGAGGCCCUAAUCGAUCCAUCUCGCGCUUCAUACGACAAGAUGGAGGAGGAGAUAGGACUAACGGUGGAUAUGACUGGGUGUGCCGGUGUGGGACGACGGAAGACCAGAAGCGUGGGAGGUUUCAACAUGCAAUGGGUCUGAGAGGAAGAUGAAGGUGGUGGCAGCUGGCUGGCGCAGAGGUUCUGGGAGGAAGAUGAAGAAGGGCGGAGGUGGUUUUCAGUGCUAAGCAUGAUGGAUGGAGGAAUAAGACAGCGGUCCUCUUCACGGAGGCGGCGGACAGUCAAUGGCGGCAGCGGUGAGAGAGCUACAGAGGUUCAUCAAAGAAGAGAAGAGGCGCAGCGGCACGGUGGAGCGUUGCAUGGAUCGGCUAGACCUUUCGCCGGUCUCCAUGUUGAUCUCUCCGGUCGCGGGUCGUCAGUCGCCACUCACCAGAGGAGAAGAGAAGAGAAGAGGAGGGGCGGCGCAGAGCAGAGCUGGAGAAGAAAGAUGCACUCGUUUGAUUAGAGCUAGGGUUUUGAUUUUGGGCGUUCGUUGUUUGGACACCAUUUUUUUUUAAGAACGACAACGUUUUUAUUGGAUAUAGGAUACCGCCGGUUAGAACAAAACCGGGCGGUUUCUCGUUUUGUGCCGGUUAACCCGGAAAAACCGGCCGACACAGUAAAAAGACCCCUAACAGCCUAUCAUUUCGUUUUUUGUCCGGUUUCCGGUUGAACCGGUUGAACCGACCGGUACGAUCCGGUUUCCUGGUCCAUGGUUAGAAUAGGGCGUUAGAUACCACUAACGUCAAUAAACGGUAGAUCCGUUA